CUGUGUUUGACAGCUACAACCAGGAAGCCGAGCAGCUUGGAGUGACGCCGCGGACAGUCAAUCGAAACGCAGCAUUUGGAUAGGCUCGUCCAAUAGCGUUUGAGGAGAGGCGGUCCCAUGUUGUUGACGUAACACAGCGAGUGGACUUUUCUGGUGGGAGCUAAAGAAUUAAAAGAUCCGCAAGCAACACGCAACAGAGAUGGGAUUACUUGUCACUGUCUUCCUGCACUGGAUAGAGGUCUGAGACACAAUCUAGCAGCUAUAACAUCCUCUGGAAAUUAAGACAACUAAAGUUUUAAGGGGCCAUGCCGUGUAUCCAGACCCAGUGCGGCUCCUCUCCACAAGGAGCCAGCCCGGCCUCUCAGAGCUCCAGCGGAGAGCGCAGCGGCGACUUCCUCACCCCGGAGUUUGUCAAGUUCAGCAUGGACCUCACAAACAGUGAAAUCUCAGCUGCAACGUCGGGUCCUACUUUUAGCCCUUUGGGUGACACUUAUGGCUGCGGGUACGACGUGAAGCCCCCGUGUCUCUUCCAAAUGCCGGUGCAGGGGGAGCUUCCGUGCGUCAAGGUGGAGGAUGCGCACGGGUGUCCGCGGUAUCAGCCGAAUCAGCAUCACCCGCACCAGUCCGACGAGCUGCUCUCCUCCCCAGGGUCUGUUUAUUAUUACCGGUCUCCGUCGCCGCACACCCCCAUCACAUCCAACUUCCAACCUCUAACUGGACACAUAUGGGAGGACUCAAGCUCUCUGUACAAUUUUCGACAAGACUAUUUGGCGGCGGCGCACAGGAAAAACACUCUAUCCAGAUUCUCCCUGUUUUCCCUCAAACAAGCGCAACACGGCGGUCAGAGCUUGUCCAGUUGCCAAAUUAAAUAUGACCGAUCUCUCCAUGUGCCCUUGAACCUGGACGCAGCCGGGGAGAACCAGCCGCUAGACAACCCUGGAACUUUGGGCUCCUCUGCCCUCGGAAAGCAGCCCGGAGUGGGAUUUCCUCACUCUCUCCAGCUCGCCCACGGCCACCACUUUAUGGACUACCAAACUUCUUGUGCUCCCAACCGAGCACCACUGAGCGCGGAAGGGUUGUGCGCAGUGUGCGGUGAUAACGCAGCCUGCCAGCACUACGGAGUGCGCACUUGCGAAGGCUGCAAGGGUUUCUUCAAGCGUACGGUACAAAAACAAGCCAAGUACGUGUGUUUAGCUGCCAAAAGCUGCCAUGUGGACAAACGCAGGAGGAACCGAUGCCAAUAUUGUCGCUUCCAGAAGUGCCUUGCCGUGGGAAUGGUCAAAGAAGUUGUGAGGACAGAUGGUCUGAAAGGUCGAAGGGGUCGCCUGCCAUCCAAACCUAAAACUGUUCCGGACUCGUCUUCACCAGUUAGCACCCUCUUGAAUGCCCUCAUCAGGGCGCAUGUGGAAUCAAACCCUCCACUUUCUCUCCUUGACUACUUUAAAGUAAAGGAGAGUCCAGGAAGCCCACUAGGAGACGACGCUCAGAAUGUGCGGCAGUUUUAUGACCUCCUGACCAGAUCAAUGGAGGUGAUUCGAGGUUGGGCACAGAAGAUCCCAGGCUUUACAUCCCUGCCCAAACACGACCAAGACCUCCUCUUCUACUCGGCUUUCCUUGAGCUCUUUGUUUUACGGCUGUCUUACAGAUCCAACCCAGAGGAGGGGAAGUUGAUCUUCUGCGACGGGUCGGUGUGGCACCGGCUCCAGUGCCUGCGGGGCUUUGGGGAGUGGAUUGACAGCAUUGUUGAAUUCUCUGCUAAUCUGAAAAGGAUGAACCUGGAUGUAUCCACCUUCUCUUGCAUAUGCACCCUCGCCCUGGUCACUGAGCGGCAUGGACUAAAGGAGCCAAAGAAAGUGGAGGAGCUGCAGAACAACAUCGUAAAGUGCUUGAAGGACGGCGAUGGAGGCUCAAACUGUUGGUCCAACCACUUGUCCAGACUUUUGGAAAAGCUGCGUGAACUCCGCACACUGUGCAUCCAAGGCCUGCAGAGGAUUUUCUAUUUGAAGCUGGAGGAUUUGGUGCCCCCACCUGCAAUAAUAGAUAAGUUAUUCCUCGACACGCUGCCAUUUUAGAGACAUAAGGGCACACAAAUAAGGAUGUAUUUUCUCUGCAAUGGCACUGUUGGACUUGCUUUAUCCCAAAAGACAUUCCUGACAUCUGUGCAUUGCAUAAAAACACAUUUUAAAAUCUAAUAAUGAGUUAAACCACAUUUUCCUCAAAAAAAUGAAUGAAAAGAAAAUGAGAAUUUGAAUUCUCGAUAAUUGUGAUCAAACGGACCAAUUUUAUUGCUGUCUCCAAGAAAGGAUAAAUUAAUUUACAGUCCUACUUUAUAUUAUUUUUAUAUGUUUGGCAGGUGAAGAGCCAAACUAAGAAUUCAACCAAUAUUAAUUUUUUUCUGCUUAUUUGAGGCAUAUUUGAUAUGAGUGUGUCACACCAUUUUUAGGUUUUUCAUAACAUAUGUUAGUGAUUAAUAUAAGGAUAUCUAGUAGACUGUUGUGUUCUCUGCGUAAACUGUAAUUGUCCAUAUUUUAAUAAAUAUGACCGUUAUGUA